UCGAAAUAGUUCUGUUUGGUUGUUGAGGUUUGUUGAUUUUAUGCAGUCGACAAAAUUAUUUUAUACUUAUAAUAGAAAUAUAAGUUAUCAAUAAUGAACGAUACGAAAUCAAGAAUUGACCAAGCAUGCAGAGUUGCUGAAGAUUUUACAAAGCUUUAUUAUGACACUCUAGAUAAAAGGCGACAUAUAAUAAAUAAAUUGUAUUUAGAAACAGGAGUUUUGUCAUGGAAUGGUAAUGGAGUAAUUGGAAGUAAAAAAAUAGUAAAAUUCCUCAUGGAUCUACCUGGCACUGAUCAUACUAUAACUACUUUAGAUUCACAGCCUAUUUUAGAUUCAGCUGUAAAUGGACAAACAACAUUAAUGAUUCAAGUCACAGGGACAGUGAAGUAUCAGGAUAAAUCACCUAAAACAUUUCAGCAAAAUUUCAUAGUAACAGCUCAGGGAGAUAAAUGGAAGACCGUCAGUGAUUGCUUUAGACUUCAAGAACCACUUACCCCAAAAAAUUAGGAUAGUUAAGACUUUUAAACACAA